AGAAAUAUUUGAAUUAUUAAUUAUAAACGUAUAUUGACUGUCCAGAAAUUGAAAUAAAACGUGCUGAGUUUCAACUGCAGUUAUCCUCAAUUGAGAGCAAAUGACAAUACGGCGUUGCACUUGUGGUCAGCAAGAAAAGCGUGUAGCUAAUAGAGAAAUAGGCCAGUGACUUCAUCAGUCAACGGCUUCUCAAAUUACACUUAUAAGUCAAUAAAGGCAGAGCUUGUGGGACUAUGUCCACAAUUGAAGAGGAGCGUAAAGCGUAUAUUAAUAAUCCAUAUUUCACUGGACCCAUAUACGGCAGCUUUAAGCCGUUUUAUGUGACUAUUGCUAUUUGCACAGUUGUGCUCGGCUCGAUAAUUAUAUUGAACAUCAUCUUGGGCUGCUGCUCCAAGCACCGUAAGUAUUGGCAAGACCGGCAUACGGGCAAUCGCUGGCUAGUUUCCAUUUGGUCUUCAACGCCGCAUAAGCAACCCCCACUUGACUUUACUGAACUACAGGACGCCAGCUAUUUCGAUCGAUUCCACCCAACCACUCACCAGCAAGUAUUUCCCAGUGACGUUGUCGUUUCCGUUGACGAUUUAGAGCCCGUACAUCAGUCGCAUCAUCAGCAGCGACCACCCCGUCCAGAGGGUCGUACAUUGCAUCAGCAACGACAGCGCGAAGAAUACGUUGAGUUGCAGAAGCGCGAAAGUGACAUUUAAGCCAUGGCUCUAUAUAUUCUAU